CAGUAAGUCUUGGGCAGGUUUUAACAUGGAAGCCAGAUUACGGUAAGUAUUUCAACCCAACAGGAUUAUCUCCAGAUUUAAGCACCUUAUUUAGUUCCAAGCAAUGAAAAUCAGCCAGCUUGUCUGUGGAGUGUGUAUAUAAAGACUGCCUCACACACCACAAGACCCAAUCUGCUGGAUAACCUAAACAGAAGAAGACUUUCAAUUACUGUUGCUUCUUUGACUCAAAACAGAAUGGGAUCCUCUAAGGUGGCCCUGCUGCUGGUCUUGCUGUCCUGUGUAGAACGCUGUCUGUCUGCCUCCUGUGUUGUUGACAGCUUCACAGUCAAAGGGGACUUUGACCCCAAGAGAUAUGCAGGAAAGUGGUAUGCACUGCAGAAAAAAGACCCAGAGGGCCUGUUUCUGCAGGACAACAUCUCCGCUGAGUACACCAUUGAUGAUGACGGCUCCAUGACCGCCUCCUCCAAGGGGCGUGUCACUCUGUUUGGCUUCUGGGUUGUGUGUGCUGACAUGGCUGCCCAGUACUCUGUCCCCGACCAGGCCAACCCUGGCAAGAUGUUCAUGAACUACCAGGGACUUGCCAGCUACCUGUCCAGUGGAGGUGACAACUACUGGGUCAUCGACACCGACUACGACAACUACGCCCUCACCUACGCCUGCCGCACCCUGAAGGAAGAUGGCAGCUGCAAUGACGGCUACGCCAUUGUCUUCUCCAGGAACCCUCGUGGCCUGCCCCCCGCCAUCCAGCGCAUCAUCCGUCAGAAACAGGAGGACAUCUGCAUGGCCGGAGAGUUUCAGCCUGUCCUGCAGUCUGGAGCCUGCUAAGAGAAAGAGAGCAGGAAUGAGUGUGAAGCCAGCUAGUUGCAGUCUUAGAAGCUUGAAAGCAAGAAGAGGGAGAAUGAAAAGAGUGUAUGUGACCUAUAUGUGGGAGUAAUAAUGUGAAUGGACAGAAGCAACAAAAAAAAAAUGGGAGGAGGAAAAACGUGAGAAAUAAAUAAGCGAAGACAGUGAAAAACCUGCA